AUGGGAGCAUGUGGAGGUAAGCCUAAAGUUCAAAAGAGAAACAUUGGCUAAAAAAUACAUAGAAAUUCGACAAAAGGCUUAAGUUUUUUGUAACAGGUACUGACUGUUAAUGGAGUUAAAAGUGAUAACUAUUAAAACGUAGAUCCAAGAAAAAUAAUAUAGCAAAUUUAACAAACAUAAAAUGACACUGAUGAAUUUGCUGAUAAAAAAAUAACUUUAGCUUAAAUCAAUGAAAGUAGUAUCUUAAAAAGAAGACAAAAAAAAUUUCCUAUUUAGGGUGAAUAACAAUUUUCUUCACCCAUUUACCUAGAAGGAAAUCUAAUUGAUAAUUACACUUAAAUGAUAAAAUAAAAUACUAAAAACAAAUAAGUAUGCUAACCACAUAAACUUUAACCUUUAUAUGAAGUUAGUGUAAAUACUUUUUAAAACUACUCUACAACAAACAGUUUUUAACCAACAUUUUCUCAAGCUCAAAUUAAUAUCCCAAACUAAAGAUAGUCUGCUAACUCUCUUGAUAAUAUAAAAUGA